AUGGAGAAGGAAUUCCAUCAUCGCCCAUCCAGAAUGCCAGACAACUCUGCCAUGAAGCAACAAAAGUUGCCUGCCCACCAACUCCACUUGUCAGCCCGGGUAGUCCUCACUAUAUUUUUUGCCACAGGAGUAUUCUGCUUUUGCAUGGGUGUCAUCCUUAUAUUGUCUGCACAGAGCAUCCAGGAAGUAGAGAUUAAUUACACAUACAUCUGUGAAAAUUGUGCUAAACUUCGGGAAAAUGCCUUUAAUUUUGACCAAAAAUGCACCUGCUCCAUUCCCUUCUACCUUCAAGAGAAUAUGGAGGGUGAUGUGUAUAUGUACUACAAAUUGUAUGGCUUCUAUCAGAACCACUAUCGCUAUGUCCUAUCCAGAAGUAAUAAUCAACUGGUGGGUAAGGAUAUAAUGGAUGUUGAGGACUGUGCUCCAUUCAAAGUGUCCCAGAAUAAGACCCCCAUCGCUCCCUGUGGUGCUAUUGCCAACAGCAUGUUCAAUGAUACCAUAAUUCUUUCAUAUACCCUUAAGUCAUCUGUACAUAUCCAAGUUCCAAUGCUAAAGACUGAACUUACAUGGUGGACAGAUAAGUACGUCAAAUUUCAGAAUCCAAGUCUCAUAAAUCUUUCUGAUCGUUUUGUAGGAACCGAGAAGCCCCCAUACUGGCAGGCACCCAUCUAUGAGCUGGAUACAAGUGAUCCAGGAAACAAUGGUUUCCUCAACGAUGACUUCAUUGUGUGGAUGCGGACAGCUGCCUUUCCUACCUUCAAAAAACUGUACCGCAGACUCUAUCGAGUACAAUAUUUUAUGGAUGGCUUACCUGCUGGUAAUUAUAGUUUCAACAUAUCCUAUAAUUUUCCAGUGACCAGGAUCAAAGGAGAAAAAUCUGUUGUUCUUUCUACACUAACAUGGAGUGGAGGUAGCAGCCUUUUCUUAGGGCUUGCCUACACAGUGACAGGAGCAUUUCUGUGGUUGGCUUCCUUUGCCCUGAUGGCAAUUCACAUAACGAUGAAAAGAAAGAAACUGUCCUAUCGUCGUUAA